AUGCGGCUCACUGCCAUCGUCGUCAGUGUGAUUGCAAGUCAAGUACUGACAACAGACGCCCUCCGGCCGAGAGCAAGGGUGAUCAGAAAAGAUAUUGUGGCGAAUUUACGUCAACACUACAACUCUUCAGCUACAGUCAUUAACAAUGCACAGUCAGCGUCGGGUUCCGGGAAGGCUCAGGCACUUGGGGAAGAUGAACCUGGCGUUUUAGGAGGAAAGGCUUUGCAAGAUGGAACAAAUAAAUCACUGCUUCGUGGUGGUACAAGACCUAAGAAGAAAAAAUAUAAAAUGAAAAAAAUGAAUCAGAGACCAGGCACGGACACGAAGCCGUCACAGUACGUCGUUACACCUGUUAACAACAUGAAGGGGCAGAACUACGGCGGCGGCAGGCCACGGAACCCUGUCAUGGACUUCCUAGAAAACAAAAGACCCAAGCCUGUUGCUGAAGCCAAGAGCAAGGACAGCCUCACAAAUGAAUUCAAUGAAAUGAAGCGACUCCCUCAAAAUGAUCACCCCGCCUCCGACCAGAAGAACGGGGACAUGAAGGUGAAGUGGGACAGAGAUAUGUUCUUCAUAAGGUGGGCGUAUGGCUCUUUGGGGGAUCAGAUGUCCAUCCGCCGGGCGCCGCACGCUAGUACCGGAGCACCCUGGCCACUGCCUCGUCGCUAUGCCAGAAAUGAACAGAAGGUGUUUAAAGUGGAUGAAGGCAGUUUUAAAUUCGUGAUAAAGAAUCACUCCUGUGAUACAAUCGACCUUGCCAUAGAGCGGUUCCGGAAACAUAUAGUGGAGGACGCGGUGGAAGAUUUGUAUGAUAAUUUGCAGAACGCUGAGAACACAAAUAUAAAUGAUCCCCGAAUUAAGUAUGAGAGUGAUGUGUACAGACAAGCAUCUGAACUGUAUGAGGUGGAGAUAAUCAUCAAUAAACCGUGUGUCAAAUACCCAAGCCUUGACAUGGACGAAUCAUACCUGGUCUGUCUGGUUAAGGUGAUCGUCACCGCAUCCAGCCUGCCUGUACUGUUGGCUCAGCUCGUGAUUAAAGACAGUAGCAAGCUCAUAGUUGCCAACGAGGUGUAGGGAGCUCUGCGAGGCCUGGAGACGUUCAGUCAGCUGGUCUGGAGAGGCACAGAUGGGAAGCUGUAUGUGAUGGAGACAAUAGCUUUAGACAAGCCUCGGUUUCCUCACCGAGGUGUCCUCAUCGACACGGCCCGCCACUUCAUCUUCAAAGAUGUCAUCUACGACGUCCUGGGCAGCAGGAACAGAACAAAGCUGAAUGUGUUUUCACUGGCAGACACGACCAGUCCUUCCCCUUCCAGAGUGGAAGCAGAGCGCUUAGGGAUGGCUAGUAGACGAGGGCUACCCAAAGAAAUUCUUUCAGAUAACGGUACAAAUUUCAUUUUCGCUGCAAAUGAACUGAAACAACUUGUUGCUCAACUGGAUACAGACAAAGUGAAGUCAUCAUUGGCUAAUAGAGGGGUGAUCUGGAAGUUGAGUCCUCCUCAUGCUCCCAACUUUGGUGGAGUGUUUGAGUCAAUGAUUAAGACUGCCAAGCGAGCUAUAUAUGCCGUUCUGGGAUCUGGAGAUAUAACAGAUGAGGAGCUGGUGACAGCGUUUGGAGCGUACCACCCUUCCUACAUCUACACACACGAAGACAUUGCGGAUAUUGUCGAGUUUGCCAGACUCAGAGGCAUCCGAGUCAUUCCAGAGUUCGACGUUCCAGGUCACACGUACGCCUGGGGACACGGCCGGCCAGAGCUGGUUACUAAGUGCUAUAAUGAUGAUGAUCCUACCUACGGAAUGGUAGGCCCCAUUGACCCCAGCAAAGACUCCACCUAUGCUUUCCUUAAGGAACUGUUCCGGGAAAUCCUUGACCUUUUUCCGGACCAGUACAUUCACGCUGGUGGGGAUGAAGUUCCGUCUGAUUGUUGGACGGCGAACAACGAGGUGAUGCAAAGCGGUACGAAGCUAGUGAACAGUGAGAAAGGGCUCCUGGAGAAUCUGGAGAAGAAGAUUAAAAAUACUGUGACCAAGCGCCGAAAUCCACCAGUCGAUGCGCUAAUUCUGUGGCAGUAUUUCCAGAAUAGAUUCAUGAAGGACGUCAAGGCGGUCAGCAGAUCGCGCGUGCAGGGAGUCAAGUUCCUUCUGUGGCAAGAAGCAUCUACUAAAACAGAGAUCAAGAUGGUGAACGACACAGUGGCCCAGAUCUGGAUGGGGGACGCUCUGCUGAUGCGGGAGGCGAUCCAGAGAGGGUACCGGGUGUUAUACUCCGCGUGUUGGUACCUGGACAUGGUGUCGUUUGGGCCGGACUGGUACAAGUAUUACAGCUGUGAUCCCGCGUUCCCAGGCCAGGGCGUGGACGAGACGCGUGUGCUGGGGGGAGAGGCGUGUCUCUGGGCAGAGUACGUCGACAACGAGAAUCUCAUGACCCGACUCUGGCCAAGGGCGUCAGCGGCGGCGGAACGGUUGUGGAGCGCCAGAGACGUUAAGGAUUUAGAUGAAGCUGCUCCGCGUCUUCAGGAACAGCGCUGUCGCAUGUUGAGUCGCGGUCUCAGCGUGGACACCAUCAGCGGCCCCGACUACUGUCUCCGGAAGGGUCGUGUUGGCGGCCAUGACUGGACAGUGCCAGGGGCCUUCAGCGUCCGGAGACCUUAUGGGAGAGUGGACAUGUUCAAGGAUUCCAUGUUGGUGAUGGUGCAAGUGGUUGUGGUGAUGUUGUUGCUCUUCGUCAUCCUCAAGUCCCAUCUCCCGUUCCGCGUCAUCGAAACCGUUCGUCACACCAGGCACUCAACGAUUCUCUUGUCUUUCGUCGGGCUCAUCGGCAUCUCCAUGUUGAUAUACUCGGGACUCUGGGCAUGGAGCAUCUCGUAAACAUCCAACUCAUGGCCACCCUUUCCAUCGUGAUAAAUCGACUCAGUCCGGAUCUUCUCGUAAGUAACGGAAAGACGCGAGUGUUGGCGGAACAUAUUCCCUGGUGGUGUUCAGAACGAACCCAGGAGGUCACGCGGGUGGCUGUUUUUCUCACAAGAAGGGGGUAGUUGUAAUAUUUAUCAUAAGAGCCGAUAUGGGACACUGUCAUACAUUUGCUGUUGUAAUUUACAUUGAGACGUUGUGAAGAAUGAACGUAUGCUCUGUUGCUGCAAGAGGAUGACUAGUGAAUCAGCUCGCUCUUGUUCAAACUGAUCUCAAUAUAUAUGUUAGCGUCAACAAGGAAACUCAGUUUGGCGUUACUGCCUAGUCAAUAAGGUACAGCCUAGUCAAUAAGAGAACUGAUGCCUAAGGUUAGUCAGUAAGCUUAUUGACUGAGUCUUUAAGGAUACUGCCUGAAAUUUAUAGUAGGCAGUAGCGUUACUCCCUAAUACAUAAAAGCUGAUUUUUUUUAUCUCAUCUCACAUACACACAAGAGUAAAUUGAUUGAUUACAUAUUCAUAUUACAUGUUCAGUGAAGAAUUCUUUUGAAGCUAUACAAAGUGUAGCCCUAUACAGACCAUCUUGUGCUUCUGUUCUCAGCCAUCCAGGCAUUCAGCAUGCUAUGUACGUCAUCAUUUCGAUCCUUCUGCACUUCCCUGUGACUGGGGAUGCCGCGCUCUACCAUUUACCAAGACAAGUUCAGGCCACAUAUCUUUCAAUUCUCUGAUAACUUGAGAAACAAAUUCUCGACCAUUGUUGCUCUGCAAGAUGUGAGGGGCUCCAAAAAUACUGAAAAUGUCCAGUAAAUUCUUUGCGAUUUCUGCACUUCGUUUGGAUUCAAGGGGCCGUAAGACAGAACUUUGUAAAGUGGUCCUGUCUCAAUUUCAGACAUCUUUUCAAAUAGGAACUUAAAAACCAACUGAAAAGCAAACUCUGCAGGUUACAAUUUUACAAUCUUGGUUACCCAAGCUGGCUUGAUCUGACGUGAGAUGGCACAGUAAGCUCACAGCUGACAAUCACCAGCUGACUCAUCAUGAGGGAGUAGUGAUUCACCUAGCAAUUAACAAACUAUGCGCUGUGCAUUGUGUUAUGGUUGUCGGUACUAACUUUUAACAUUUGUUUUGUUCACCGUAUUUCACUCUUAUACCAUCAAUGGAGAAAUAAAGAAAUAUCUAUUUAAAUCUAAAUAUUUGGGAAAUGUUGUAGUCAGUAACACUACUGACUUAGGCAAUAAGCGGAAGAAUAAAAGAUAUAAUUCAGUCAGUAGACUUACUGUCUAGACGUUUUAGUCAGUAACGCUACUGACGGAGUUUCCUUAUUGACGCUAACAUAUAUAUCAACAAUGCCAUUGCUUGUGAAAAUGAAAUCAUGUCUAAAAUUAUAUUUGGGCUUUUCUAUAUAUUUUACUGGAAACAUAUUUUACGAAAGGGGCAUUAUCGAAUGGCCCUCCGUCGUGACGCCGCAGUGACCUCGACGUAUGUUGUCGUGUUGACGUUACCAAAUAACGCCGAUAGACUCUGGUGAUACCACGUCAUGGAGUGCCUUUUGUAGUCGUAUCACAUCACGUGGUUAGUUGUUUAUGUAAUACUUAAGUGGGACAGCGAAGAUUUCAACAGUUUUAGAUGAAGCAUAAGAACUGUGUGAUACGUAUUUUCUGUGAUUACCUGUAAGAAUGCUGAAUGGUGUGUUCGAGUCCUGACACAAGCCCUCCAACUGCCUAUCUAUGUCAACAGAAAGACCAAAGCUGUAUGCAUGAAACCUGUGCCUGAAGUGUAUAGAGGGAAAUUGCUGGAAUUGCUACACAUGGGUGGCCAGGGGUGAAGACUUGUUCGUAUUGAAGGAGACACGGGUUCGAUUCCCGUGCGUAUCUCAUCUCUGGUGUCCCUUGCUGUGACGUUACUGGAGUGUUGUAAACAACUGUAUAAAACCUGACACACUCAUCAAAUUGUAUUUAUAGUGUUACAGAAGAUUUUAUUUUCUGCAGAAAAGGAAAGUUCCAUGUGAUGAAGUACAACCUCCACUGCGGAGCUAUCGAAAGUGCCAUUUUAAAACCCAUGAAAUGUGUUUAUUUUUUAUACAAAUAUAUAUUUAUGUGAUUCCGCUCGUGCCAGGGGUGCCAAUUCUUGUCGAGGCCGUACCAAGUGAGUUCGCUGAUGGUUGCAGUCCUUUGACAAAGCUGCUUCCCUUAUGUGUGACAAGUGCAUUCUUUGUGAUUUAUACUUGGCAAUGACACAGUUCAAAUGGACAUUACCAUAAAUAUUUUAGUGACUACCGGACAUUGAUGUACUCUUGCCUGGUAGCGUAUCUUUGCCAGAUCCUCAGCUAUAAACCAUAAGUCACCUGCAGAGACGGUGGAACAAUGUACUUGCAGGAGGCAGACCGUGUAAUUCGUGGAAUUAUCCUUGAGUUGGGAGGAAUUCCACUACUUGUUUAAAUGUGAAGUACUGUUACAUCCCAGAUUCAUCAUUGUACCUGUACAAUACAACACACGUAUUUAAAUUGAAAGAAAUGCUGACAUAAUAAGAAAAAUAUGUAAAACUAUGUGAAAUUCAGUACCGACCAUCUGGCAGACCUGUUCACUUUAACAUGUCGUACAUUGUUGGUCUCUUGUGCACCACCGUUGGUGGUCUUCUUGAAUAAAUAAAGUGAACUAAAUCCAGAAUAUGAACCACGAUUAUGCCCAGAUCGACACAUCACAUCUCUGGACCUGCAUGACGUCGGGAUUUCAUCCCCCAAGAAGCAGACACAACUCACAACUGUGGACGGCUGCUGUGGCCACUCGAGCCUUGAACGUCAGGUGGCAAUUACAUUUUGUUCAUUUGAACUUUUUGAACAUUUGCGUAACUGUGCGUAGUAAUUUUAUUGUUUAAUGAAAUACUUUGUACGGCCUUACGGGCAGUUUAAUCAAUUUCAUGUUUGAUAUGUGCUGUUUUUAUCCAAUACUGAUGUGCUAUGCAGGGUUUUGGUUUGCAGUUCACACUCAUGGAGUUACAACAUUGUUGUGUGGUGCAAGGUUAUGUUGUUACAACUCAUACAGACAAACCAGUCGGGGGAGCAUAUGUAUGACAACUGGUUUGCAAAUGGCUGCAAUAGUGCCUAUUCAAGUUUAACAUCACACUUGGAUUCAGGAUAUGAGCGUCAUAUUGCUCUAACCACUCAAUGUUCUCCCCUUCUAUGUCUCUGAAAGAUGGCUCCAGAGACACACCUCCAGUGUAGGGUCUGAUCAGAUAUCUGAAGACCAACUCAAACAUCAGACUGUUUACACAGUGACCCUUACGGACAUCAAACUGGUUUAUAUGGAGACCUAGUCAGACAAUAAACUGGUUUACAUGGUGACCCUGACGGACAUGAAACUGGUUGGUUUAUAUGGAGACCUAGUCAGACAAUAAACUGGUUUACAUGCUGACCCUGACGGACAUGAAACUGGUUGGUUUAUAUGGAGACCUAGUCAGACAAUAAACUGGUUUACAUGGUGACCCUGACGGACAUGAAACUGGUUGGUUUAUAUGGAGACCUAGUCAGACAAUAAACUGGUUUACAUGGUGACCCUGACGGACAUGAAACUGGUUGGUUUAUAUGGAGACCUAGUCAGACAAUAAACUGGUUUACAUGGUGACCCUGACGGACAUGAAACUGGUUGGUUUAUAUGGAGACCUAGUCAGACAAUAAACUGGUUUACAUGCUGACCCUGACGGACAUGAAACUGGUUGGUGUAUAUGGAGACCUAGUCAGACAUGAAACUGGUUUACAUGGUGACCGAGACAUUAAACUGGUGUACAUGGUGAUCCAGUCAGAAAUUAAACUGGUUCUGUCUGCGACGCAUGCUAUAUAAGGAUGUAUGUUUCUUUCUGUAAUGCAUGCCAUAUUACCUCCUGUAAUGCUUGCCAUAGGAUUUGAAAUUUGAAAUAAUAAAUUUGUUUAACAAGACAAA